UUGUACCGAGACAGAAACAGAAACGGAGAAAGAAAAAAAGGAACAUCAUCAGUUACAUGGCACAUGCACUUUUCCGAUUCGGGAGCGGAACGAAACGCUGGCUAACCGGAUUAGGCCGAGUCGUCGGAUUUCGUUGCUUUUCCAUCUGCAACGAGGAAAGCAUCGUAAAUUCGUAACAGAGUGCAGUCAAUGCGAAAACUGCAAGAGCGGAACAUUGUGGAGGACUGGAACAUUGAUAGGCGUGAGACUGGGAAGGAAGUGAAUCGGCGACAAGGUCACACACUCACCAUUUCCUCGUUCCUGCACGCUCUCUCUCAGUCAGCUCGGCUGAUCCCCCUCCUCAUGAGUGCUGUCAGUCCCCAUCCCACUCUGGCCCGGUCCUCUGUCUGCUUGGUGGUGCCCCUCCAUUCAUGCUCUCCUGCCCUCCUGCCCGCCUUCCGUGCUUCGGCCCAGGCUGACGAUCAUCUUCAAUCCCCGUUCCUUCCAAUACAGACUCGUACAAAGCAUCGAGUGACCUCGAUACCGACCACCACUACUGUCUGCUACUGCCCACUACUGCCCACUACUGCAGACGCAACUGCGACUGCCUGCAACAGCCUGCAACUGCACGAGCACUGCACCUUCCCUCGUACCUUAGUGUACUUCAAGUUUAGACGCACACAAACUAGAAAUCCAAUCCGGGACCUUCUUUGGGCCACUUGCAAUUUCCACUUCUGCCGACUGUCCUGUCUCCAUUCCUUCCUCGGGUCGAAAGAAGAACAAAAGAUCUCCAGUCCGCUCACCGGGCAUUGCCAUCAUCAGACGACAGGCUGACAGCCGCAGCAGAAAAAAAGACAACAACAACACUCGACAACAUAACAAUCUUACCACAGCCUCCUCCCUUCCUGGUCCAGGACAAUAUACUGCGCUGCAGUCCAACAGCCUAGAACCAACACCCGACCCUAACCACAGGCCGAUCCAGGGACACGUAUCGGGGCCCGCUUCGUCGUUUCCACUUCUCUUUUCCUCCCUCUUGCGUGCAGCAAGAUUGACAGGGAAACCACACUCUGGCUCUGCACACCGAAUAACAAAACACGCCUUCCGUUGGCCGAUUUUCAGGUCUCCAUCCAGGUCCCCAGCGGCUAGAGAGACUAGCUAGACAGACAGAAGAGGCGGCGAAACACAACAAGCAAUGCCCAUUUGUGACUAUACAAGUUCAGCUGAAGCCCG